AUGUCCGAAUCUUAUCUCUGGAAGGCCUACAAGUGCUUGGAAUGUGGGAAGGGAUUCAGAAAGAGCUCCCACCUGAUCCGGCACCAGGUGAUCCACACUGGGGAAAAGCCCUACGAGUGUGGGGAAUGUGGGAAGAGCUUCAGCCACAGCUACAGCCUCAUGCGGCACCAAAUGAUCCACACUGGGGAAAAGCCCUACGAGUGUGGGGAAUGUGGGGAUAGGUUCAGCUACAGUUCCAACCUGAGGGCACACCAGAGCAUCCACACUGGGGAAAAGCCCUACGAGUGUGGGGAAUGUGGGAAGAGGUUCAGCUACAGCUCCAACCUAAGGGCACACCAGAGGAGCCACACAGGGGAAUGGCCCUACACCUGCUUGAAAUGUGGGAAGAGCUUUGGGAGGAGCUCUGACCUGAGAAAACACCAGGUCAUCCACACUGGGGAGAGGCCCUACGAGUGUCCCGAGUGUGGGAAGAGGUUUCAGCGCAGCUCCACUCUCAUCAGACAUGAGCGGAUUCACACAGACGAGAGGCCCUUCCGCUGCCCCGACUGCGGGAAGAGCUUCAACCGCAACUCCACCCUCACCAUCCACCGGCGCAUCCACACUGGGGAGAGACCCUACGAGUGUCCCCAGUGUGGGAAGAGCUUCUCACAGAGAUCUAACUUGACCCAACACCAACGGAGUCACCAGUAAGGGAAGCCCUGCGAGUGCCCCGAGUGCAGGAAGAGCUUCGUGCGCUGCUCCAGCUCCAUCCCCCAUGGGAGGAUCGGCAUUGGAUGAUCUCCAGUGACCCCCGUUGGGCAGAGCCCUGGUGAUCCGUGGUCCUGGUGAUCCAUGUUGGGGAGACACCUGGCUGGGAGGCUCCACA